GUAUAUAUAUAACUGCAAACUUUAUGGAAAAAAUUUAACUAUUUCCAACUUGGAUAAAAAUUUUUUUUUUUUAAAUUUUCAAUCGUUUAUAAAUUACUUUUCAAUUCCUCAGGUGAGGAGAAACACGAGCGUUUGCUAGAGAGAGAAAGAUAACGAGGGAGUGUGGAGUCACGGCCUCCGUCAGUGGUUUUGCGGAGGCGCAGAGUGACCGUGGCUGCGGAAGGGUGCGGAAGUCAAAAAAAGAGAGAAAAAUAAUUUUGUCCCGGGGAUAUUUUCUUUUUUCUCUCGACUUCCAAAAAGAAAAAUCCUUUCGUGUUCAUCAUUAUAGGACUCAUUUUUUUCUCUAAUUUCCACUCCAACAUCACGCUCCAUCAUUAUACAAAAAAAAAAAAAAAAUUAAUUUCAGAACAAAUUAAUUUGUCACACGCGAAGCGACAACGACGUCGGGCGUCAGUGAACUGCAAUCGCACAAUGCGGAUCAAUUAUCAACUCAGGUGAUCCAAUUUGAUCCUAGAAACGAAAAAGACAAUUCAUCAUUAAUUGUUGAUGUUAAGGAGAAUGGGAAAUACAGAAUGGAGUCAAAUGAGCAGGACCAAAAACAAAAUUCAAAAAAUCAGGUCCUGCUCAAAUGUUGGGAAGAAAUGCCAAAACAUCUGCAAUUUAAUCCCCAUAUUAGAAGCGGAUACAGACCACUUAUGACCCCGACAAAUUGUGUUCGCAGCAUUUUCUUCUUCCACAAUGAGACUGUCAAUAUUUUGACCCACGGUUUUGCGAUUCUAUACAUUUAUCUAACAGUGCCGGAUGCACUUCCAUGGAGGACCCAAGGUGCACUUUCAGGAUGCCAUUUAAUUGGUGCAAUAAGUCCAUGGAUUGGCUCAUUUCUUUAUCACGUAUUUAUGAACGUGAAUUAUGGAGAGGACGUCUACAGAAAAUUACUAAAAAUAGAUAUGCUCGGCAUUUGGCUCUGUCAGAGUUUUGGAGCCCUGCCGAUGAUAGUAACUUCUGUGCAUUGCUCAUCAGUUUUUCUUCAGUAUUGUUGCGUCUCAAUCUAUUGCUUCCUUAGUUUAUUGGGCCUAUGGAAACUGCUAAAUCUUUUCUGUUCCGAUAAGGCGAUGGUCGCAAAAUCUCCAUGGCAAAGACGUCUCUGUUUUAUUCCUCCAUUGGGAAUGAGAUUGUUGGUAUUGAGUUUAAGAUGUUAUGGUAUUGGUGGUGGAAGUCCUGACGCAAUGAAGCACGUCAUCUUACAAGACGUGGUGGCUGUGAUUGGUGGUAUAAUAGGAGCACUUCGCGUUCCAGAAAAAUGGCUUCCUGGCAGUUUAGAUUUGGUUUUCAAUUCCCAUAAUAUAAUGCACGUUUUAGUUGUUUUGGCAGUAUGUUCAAUGCACGAAGCGACCAUUCAGGAUUUGACGUGGAUGUCCGAUCCGACAUCGUGCUCGGUUCCUAAUUUCAUCCCAUCCAUCCACGAGGAACUGUGA